UAGCUGCUGGGGAGGAGGGGGGGGCGAGGCGAGGAGAGGGGAGGUUCAUCGAGUUCAUGUGGCUGUCUGAAGCAGAGCCUCUAAACACCUUCACUAUUUGACAGACUUGCAAUUCUGACAGCCCUAAAAAGAGCCAAAACACAUGUCAAACGGAGCUGAAGACUGUUUGAGGUCAUGCAGCAAAAACGUCUUAGAUGAAAUGAGCUGGAAUACCCUGCGGUUGACUUUUAAACGGAAUCCAAAUGGAUGGUGGUUACAGUAGCGACCAUUUGCAGGUCAUUUAAGGUAGGAUAUCUUUCCAACUCAUCACCAGGCUACCCAUAAGCUACAACAAGUUGACUUUUUACACACCAUCUCACACAAGGAAUGGGAUAAUUGCUCUCCGUGCACGGUGGUACAGGUUCUACACACGAUGGCUGAUAUGUGCUGUAGAGCGAUGGAGCGAGGCAGAGGACGGGUUCCGUCUGACGCUAUGCCGCGACCUGGAUACCCCCAGCACUAUGUGCAGCAGACUGGCACCCAGCAGCCAGGGGUAGACAUCGAGGAGCUCGCCUCCAAACGGGUGGACAUCCAGAAGAAGAGGUUCUACCUGGAUGUGAAGCAGAGCACACGGGGACGCUUUCUGAAGAUCGCCGAGGUCUGGAUCGGACGCGGACGGCAUGAUAACAUCAGGAAGAGCAAACUAACCCUCUCCAUGUCCAUGGCUCCCGAUCUUCGGUACUGCCUGGGAGAUUUCAUUGAGUACUACGCUCGCAUUGGGCUGAGAGGCGCGCUGGCGCCACUGCGGAUCGAGGAGCAGAACAACGGCCAGGGCCGCCAACCUGACGCCCACAGGAGGCGGCCGGAGCACCGAGCAUCGCCGGUGUCCCCGGCCGGCUCUGCCGCAUCCGAUGAGAACGCCCACCGCGUCCUGAAGAGCGAGUUCAUCGAGCGGGACAAUAGGAAGUACUAUCUGGACCUGAAGGAAAACCAGCGGGGCCGGUUCCUCCGCAUCAGGCAGACCGUGAUCAAGGGCCACGGCACCAUGGGCUACUACGGCCAGGGCAUAGAGCAGACCAUCGUGCUCCCGGCCCAAGGGCUCAUCGAGUUCAGGGACGCGCUGUCACAGCUGAUCGAGGACUACGGGGACGAGGACACCGACGACCGCGGCAAGGGCUCCAAGAAUUGCGGCGGCGAGGAGAGUCCGGACCUGCCGGAGGCGGCGUCCUUCCGCGUGGACAACAAACGGUUCUACUUCGACGUAGGGUCCAACCGAUACGGCGUCUUCCUGAAGAUCAGCGAGGUCAGGCAGCCGUACAGGAACACCAUCACGGUGCCGCUCAAAGCCUGGGCCCGGUUCGGGGAGAACUUCAUCCGCUACGAGGACGAGAUGAGGCGGAUCAUCUCGUGUCAGACCGAGAAGAGGACGGGCGCGGAGCCGGGGGAGGACGCCGAGGAGCCGGCGGACUAGCGGGCGGCCAGCGGUCCAGCAGUGAGUUGAACGGUGGAGCAGAAGAGACAGAGUGAUAAGAACCUAGACAUCGUAGCAAAUCACGGUCAUGAUGAAGGAUCAUGUAAUGCAAUGCUGUACUGUAUGCACUGAUGUAGGCUACUGUAACUAUUGCCGACUACAACUUUUCUCUUAUGCUGUUGAUGUGUCCACUGACACCGGUUUCAAUUGGUCAGAUGAACACCGACCUCGUGUUUUAACAUCCAUUCACGUUUGAAAAAGAUGAAGUCCUAAGCCCGAUAAAGGAUGCAUGAGGGCGUGAAGACGCUGAUACUGCACACGUUGGAGUGCAUAUGGUGCUUUAGUGUGAGGAGGCCCUUGGCUGAGGAGAGAUGGCAACUGAUAGCUUUUCAUCCAUUAAUCACACCUCCAUCCUCAUGGACUGGGUAACUAUGGUCUGUUCGAUUUCUUAAGGAUCCAUUUGAUUGGUAAAGGAUCAAUAUCACGUUUAGGCUACCUAUUAGGCCUACCCUUUUUAGACUUCGACAUUGGACAUCAAAAAUAAUAAAAGGCCCUUUACUGUCACUUUAAUGAGAAAGGCUUGCACCCCAAUUUAAUCAAUUAAACCAAUUAAUGAAGUAGAUUUGCUCUGCCUUGCACAAUAUAUCUAUUUUGUAUUGCCUUAUUAUCUAGAGACACCUCAAUCCCGACAUUAUUAUGCCUUUGAAAACCUUGUGGAUACUUGAAACAAAGGCCUCGAGAUUCAUAUUUUAUACAUAGAUAUAAUUAUGUUUCGUAUAAGAACGCAUCUUUGUAAUUAGGAAUCGGUAAAAAAAAAAAAGGUAAAGUUCCUAACUUGUUAAUGUUCGAUCACAUACCAAAUUAUUUGAGCACAAAUAAAACUAAUGACCAUAUAAAUCCAGACCUUGCAUUCUCCAAUGUUUGAAAGAGCGUCUAGCUUCAAUUUCUUGACAAACCUUUCAUCAUGUUCUCCUAUGUAUGCCUACAGCUUAACAAAGCGGCCUACAAUGAUGCUGGUCCAUGAGAUUAAUCACACUAUGGCUGCCUGGAUAAGAACCACUAGUUUGUAUUUGACAAUGUCAACAGUUCAACAUGUGAGAACCAAACGAAGGGAUUAGGGGUUGAUGAUCCAACAAUUUGUUGGAUCAUCAAUUUUGUUGUUUGGUUCUCUAUGUUUAAUACAUGUGGUUACAGAUGGUCAAAGUUAGGCUACUUUGAAUUUUGGGUCCACAUGCAGAUCUGAUUUUAGUUUUCUGCUCAGUGUCGACAAUAAAGGCUUAUUAGUGGCAUGGUUUUGGUGUUUUCCCGAAUUGUUAUUAAUCUUGUUUUAGAUGUUUAUCUUUCUUUGAUUAAGGCAGAUAAUAGCCUUGAGCAAUGGGAAGCCAAUGACAGUAUUAUACAUCCACAUGUACAAUUCAUAUUGAGGUUAUUAUCACGCAUCUCUCCGAGUCAGUAUGUUACUAUAUUUCCCACAAACCAUCAUCAGCGUUUUGAGGCCUGACUAAUGCUGAAGUUAGCACCUCUGUCUGUUGUGUACAGCAGUGUGUUGCUCACGGUGAGGCGUGACCCAUCCACACUUAGAUAAACCUCCCUAAUGUACAGGCACAUUCAGGGACAGACAUCUUUUAAAAAUAUCAAUUAAUUGAAAAAAUUAAGUAUUCCAACAAUAUGGUAAACACGGCUGUUCAAUUAACAUUUGGGCCAAAUCCCCUUCACCUUAAAAAAACCUAAACCACAUUCAUCUGUUUUAGAGUGCAAUGAAAUGUGUUUGUUUAAUGAAGUUAUUGGUGUGUGUGUGUGUGUGUGUGUGUGUGUGUGUGUGUGUGUGUGUGUGUGUGUGUGUGUGUGUGUGUGUGUGUGUGUGUGUGUGUGUGUGUGUGUGUGUGUGUGUGUGUGUAUGCCAUAGUAUAGAGUUAAUAUAGUGUGAGACUCUGACCUAGCUCCAAACAUUCUAAGACAAAGGCCAUUUGAAAACCUUUUAAUAUCAGGACAAAAUAUUAAAAGGUUCCACUUCCUUUUAAUAUCUUCAAGUUGGCAGACAAUUUAGUCCAAUAUGUUUCCCUGUUUUGAUGGUGCUGGAACAGAGAGUUAAUACAUAGCUUAAAUGAACAGUGAUUAGGCUUCCUCAUGAAUUGCCAAAUAGGGUAAAAAGAAAGAUAGGCAAACAUGUUAAUAUAGAAAGGGCUUAAAAUCUUUCUUUAACUGGAUUUUAUUUUGUCUUUAAUACCACUGUGCUAUCAAAUCUGCAUAUGUGCAGAUUUUCCAAUUUUGUGUAUUCCAUGUAUUAUAAACAAGAAUGCUCUGAAGUUGUACUAUGAAAGGGGAUUGUAUUUUUGCGAUUCCUCUUUCAGUGGUAGGCUAUUUUUUCUUGUAACCAUGAGGUGAUCUUUCUUUGCCAAAAAGUUGUGUAUUGUGCUUUGUCUAUAUUUGCUAUUUGCAAUGUGUUAACAUUAUUUUUCCUUUGAAUACAUUAUCUGUCUCCAAUAUUAUUACAGAUCUAUAUGAAAACUAAAAGGCAUUACGAUAAUUAAAGGCACAAUUCAUGCAUUUUCUAAUAAUUUUAGAAAUGGAUCAUGCCAUACAUGUAGGGUACAGUAAAUAAGCAGUAACUAUACAAAUCUUAAGAUUCACAGUAACACAUUUUAAGAGAAGGAUAAAUCUAGCUAACAAAAAUAACAUUUUUGUUUCCUUAUUGCGAAAAUAAAUAUUUUCAGCUUUUGUUAACUGAUUGAUAGUUUGCUGAAGAUUGACAAUCAGAGUUUUCUCUUUUGUCCCUCAAAAGUAAACUUGAUUUUUAAACCUUACCCCCAUCAAUAGUACAUAAUAUUUACUAUGUUUGCCCUGACUUUGAUAAAUGAUGCAAAAUGCCACCAUGUAUCUAUUCCCUGAUUCCCUAAUCUCCCCUGCCCUCUGAACGCACAAUAUAUAACUGAUGUACAUAUCAGACAGUGAUGUUUGAUAGGGUCUUUGUAGGGUCGUUUGUUGAUUUGUACCAAUAGCUCUUAUGGUACAAUGAGCUCCAAAACUCCCCUGAUCUUGAAGUCUGAUUUAUAGCCCGAUUAACCUUCUAAUUGAAAAGUAUUGUUUUCGAUAAGGAUUUAGAGGUUUCUCAAUGGCUCCUUCUAGCAUUCUUCAACAGCUUUCCUGUGUACUGACGCCUUUAACCAGACGUCAGCAGGGCAGGCUUCCAUGCAAUGUUAAAAGAGCUAAUUCGAUACCUGCAUCAGAAUCAGCCAUGAGGACAUCAUGUAACAAAGGAACACAUCGAUUCAAAGAAGCAAUAUCUCCUAUCAAUUUUCAAUAAUAACAUAUAUUUCAAAAUUUGAUCCAAAUAAAGCCAAAAUUAAAAAGCCAAAGAAAUUAAAGAUAGACGGGAUCAUUUCUAAAAACCUAACACCUAUUGGGUAACCCUGGAAAAGAUAGCAUUUUGAUUAUGGAUUCAAAUUAUACUAUAUUUAUCAUUUCCCAAACUUAAAGCUUAUCCAAAAAUCCCUCCCUACUUUCAUAUAUGUAUUCAAUGAAGAUUUAGCAUAGUUUGGUGUACCAUACCUAACAUUAUCAAAUUCAUCUUGUUAUUUAAGUACGGGUGCAGGAAUGCCAUUAUGAGGGCUAUAAUGGUCAAUACAUUCAUAAACAAUGUGCUACAAUGAAAAACUUGAGAUUUAUUAACAAACAGACCUGAAGUUUCAAACCUGAAGCCUUAACACCUUUGGAUUGGAUUAGGGUUGUCCAUUAAAGUAAUUGUUAGUGCAUGUAUCACAGUUUCUCCUUAAGACACCAAUCAACCAAUAAAGAAGCUAGGUAUGACAUUGCAAAUGUAAUAAAUGCCUAAUUAUAAAUCAUACAGUAUCCAAAGCAUUAAACAAAAAAAGAUAUAGAUCAAAUCUUUGCUUAACAUAUAUACUACAAUUAAGAUGAAGAGAAUGAAUAACUGAUAAAUACUCUUACAAUAUGGAAUAGUUCAAGGAAAUAGUAUGCACUUUAUCAGAUUUAUAUAAAUGUUACUAUUCAAUAGUGGUAUUGGACAAUAAAUAGUGGUGUUGGAGUUGGGCUUGCUAUGUGUAACAUAAACAAACCUUAAUUUCCGUUAAAUAUUAAUGUUAUUAUUUGUUUCAAAAUGUUAAAAGCUGUUCAUAAAAACUGAGACUUAAAAAAACGUAUGAACAAUCAUAAUGUAGACUUUUUUUUCCAGGACAGUCAAAAAAAUGUAAACGUUUUUGUAUUUCAUCAAUAGGUAUAAAAUUUGUUUGUUUUUUUCAAUGUAUGCUACUGUACUGUAUUCAUAUUUGGCUUGUAAUGUUUUAAGAAGUUUCAAUAUUUUGAAUUAUAUCCAAGGUAAAGUUUUAAAAAGUUGCAUGCCAAGAGCUGGUAAUGUAGAAUAGAAGAUAUACUGUAUAAACACCAACAUGUGUCCAUGUGCACAUUGUAUCGAUGCAGCUUAAUGCAUGCUAUAGGGAAAUGUCUUGCACCACUGGUAAGUGUUUCUGUAAAUCUGUCAUUUCUGGUCUAUACGGUUAUCAAGAAAAAAGAAAACAAACAAACAAUGUCUAUUUGGAAUUAUUUUCUUUCCAUACAUUGCAUAAUUUUGUUUAAUUAUAUAGGCCUACUAAUAUGCUAACUUAUGAUGAUGAGAAGGUUAGUUUGGCUAACUUAUGACAUAAUUGUGGUCUUGUAGUUACCUAAAUAUGAAAUCUAAAAGUGUUCAUAAACUACCAUUUAUAAUAUUCCCUCUUACCAGUAACUUUGAUUUGUUAGGUUCCCUGGUGCUCUUUCCUGCCUUUUUCAGGAGUAUAUGAUAACAUAAGUCCAGUAUAACCAGUGGAGCAGACACGUGGAAAUGUAACUCAUUAGUGCUGUGAUGUGGCGAGAGACUGGUCUCCUCCUAUUGUCUUCUGUGGAUGAAUGGGAAGAAUGUGCACAAAACCAGCGGUUUUUGUACUGAAAUUAUAUCAAACUUUCUUGUUAAUAAAUCAAAAGAUGACAAACAAAACCGAAUUAGCUUAAAGAGCUUCUUUCUUUCAACGUAAACAGGUCUGGUCAUUAAACUCGAGUCCCUCAGAGGAGACAGCCCCCUCCAUCAGCUUUGUAAAGCCCUGUGUACCACAUGUGCACCCCCCCUGUCCCCUCCAGUUGGAGGGGGGCUGCUCCUUCUGCGGCUUAUGGUUCUAUUUCUGGAGCCGUCUUGAUUUGUAGGCCUGCAGCCAGCUGGGGCCAGUGUAUCUCUCUUCAAUUAACCAUUUACACAUUUGGGUUUAGAAAUUAUAAUGAUUCCAAUCAUUCUGAUCAGCGAGCGAGUAAGAACCAGAAAGCCACAUGUGGCCUGUAAAGCCAUUGUGUCAAUAGUUACAAUAAAGUAACACCUGGUUACAGGUACGUCUUCAA